AGUCUCUCCAGUUUUGAAAAUACGCGGGUACGCGCCAACGUGGUCCGUUUACACCCUCACAAAAACCCAAACAUAAACACACACACACACACAGUAAUCAUCUCUCUCUCUCUCACACUCGCCGGUUUCUUCAUUCGUAAGAUAGACAUAUAUGCAUUCAGAUUUUUAGCAAAAUUGCGUCGAACUUUAGCUUUAAGAGUGAUGGGAGGAGGAGGAGAGCGUUUAAUCGGAGCUUUAGUUCCGACGGUUAAAUCGGAGCCGGAGAAUGCCGGUGAAACUUCAGCACCGGCGGCGGUGACGGUGGAGGUUCAGGAGCAAAUUCCGGCGUUGGAGAAGGAAGACGAAGUGGAUAAGGAUAUGUUAUGUCCGAUAUGUAUGCAAAUUAUAAAGGAUGCUUUUCUGACGGCGUGUGGACAUAGCUUUUGUUACAUGUGCAUUGUUACUCAUCUUCACAAUAAAAGUGAUUGUCCUUGUUGUUCGCAUUACUUGACUACUAAUCACCUUUACCCUAAUUUUCUACUCAAUAAGUUAUUGAUGAAGAGAUCUGCUCGCCAAAUGGCCAAAAGUGCAACACCUAUGGAACAACUUCGCCAAGCAAUACAGCAGGAUUCUCAUCUGAUUCUUAGGCAGGGAUGCGAUGUGUCCAUCAAAGAGCUGGAGAGUCUAUUAUCACUACUUAUGGAAAAGAAAAGAAAAAUGGAACAAGAAGAAGCUGAAACAAAUCUUCAGAUUCUGCUUGAGUUUCUCCAGUGUUUAAGGAAGCAAAAAGUUGAAGAGCUUAAUGAGAUCCAAAAUGAUCUCAAGUACAUUAAAGAAGACAUAAAUGCUGUGGAGAAGCGUAGAAUAGAGUUAUAUAGGGCAAGGAGCAGAUAUUCAGCGAAAAUGAGAAUGCUAGUAGAUGAUUCUUCGGCAAUGACAGUCAGGCCUUCAUUGGGAGAUAAGGAAGGUGGUGCAAUUGUUUCUAGUUCUGUCGGUUCACAAGAACAAGUUCGUGCUGGUACUACACAGACCAGGAACACUGAUACAAGAGCUCCUGGAAUAUCUCAACUUGUUCAAUGGAAGGAUGACCACGGUGGAUCAGAUUCACAGCAUCCUAAUCAACCUGGACAGGCAAUAGCAAGGAAAAAACGCGUUCACGCACAGUUCAAUGAGCUUCAAACCUGUUACCUGCAAAAGAGGCGCUAUUGGGCAAGACAGUCAGAGAAAGAGGAAGAAAGGGUAGCAAAUGUCAUGAAUAGAGAAGGUUAUUCUGCGGGACUUGAAGAUUUUCGAUCUGUUCUGUCUACCUUUACGCGAUACAGUCGUUUGAGGGUUGUUGCUGAACUUAGACAUUCUGACCUUUUCCACUCAGCCAAUAUCGUUUCAAGUAUUGAAUUUGACCGAGAUGAUGAAUUGUUUGCUACUGCUGGGGUGUCACGAAGAAUUAAGGUCUUUGAGUUUGCAUCGGUGGUGAACGAACCAGCAGAUGCGCAAUGUCCUAUUGUUGAAAUGUCUACACGAUCCAAAUUAAGUUGUUUGAGCUGGAACAAGUGCACUAAAAACCAGUUAGCAAGCAGUGACUAUGAGGGCAUAGUGACGGUUUGGGAUGUUACAACUCGUCAGAGUGUGAUGGAGUAUGAGGAGCAUGAAAAACGAGCAUGGAGUGUUGACUUUUGCCAUACUGAACCUUCUCUGCUUGUGUCCGGUAGUGAUGAUUGCAAGGUCAAAGUUUGGUGCACGAAGCAGGAAGCCAGCGUUCUUACAAUUGACAUGAAAGCUAACAUUUGCUCAGUGAAGUAUAAUCCUGGAUCCAGUGUUCAUGUAGCUGUGGGUUCUGCAGAUCAUCACAUUCACUAUUAUGACUUGAGAAAUGUUAGCCAGCCACUGCAUAUUUUGAGUGGGCACCGUAAAGCUGUUUCUUAUGUAAAGUUUUUAUCCAACAAUGAGCUAGCUUCUGCAUCAACUGAUAGUACAUUGCGUUUGUGGGAUGUCAAGGAGAAUGUUCCACUGCGUACUUUUAAAGGACAUGCAAAUGAGAAGAACUUUGUGGGUCUUUCAGUAAACAGUGAAUACCUUGCAUGUGGCAGUGAGACAAAUGAAGUGUUUGUAUAUCACAAGGAAAUUUCUAAGCCAGCAGCUUGGCACAACUUUGGUUCUGAUGAUCAUAAUGAUCCAGAUGGGGACAUGGGAUCAUAUUUCAUCAGUGCUGUUUGUUGGAAACGUGACAGCCCAACACUUCUAACGGCAAACAGUCAAGGGACAAUAAAAGUACUUGUCCUUGCUGCUUGAUAUUACAUUUGAAUGAUCGAUUAACAUUUGACUGAUGAAGAGGCUUGCUAUAAAAAGAAAGGAGGUACGAGUUCUCUACAGCAAUUCUCUGGUGUACAUGAAUAACCAGAGCAUUAGGCUAACUUUGGUUUUUGAUUUUGGUGGUUUCUUAUAGCCAAGUCUAACCAGAGCAUUAGGCUAACUUUGGUUUUUGAUUUUGGUGGUUCCUUAUAGCCAAGUCUGUUAGCUUUUAACGGGUGAUUAUACAGUAGUCGCAUAAUUCUUAUAGAUAAUAUGUAUCUCUUCUUUUCCGGGGUUCGAGUUUAAAAGAAUGUCCUAGAUUCAGGAGUUGUGUUUAUAGUAUCUGGAAAUCAAGACAGCAGAGUGAAAAUUGUAGUGAAAACCUGACAAUGGUAGAUUACUAGAUUUGCUUAAUUUGAAUUGCUACUUGUUUGUGCAAAAACUAUUUUGCCAUCUGAUCUAGUGAUUUAGUACAUCGAGCCUUUGGUCCCUUCCUAUCUUAUUACACUACCAAUAAGAAAAUAAGAAAUGGACCUUGAGCCUAACUUUAUGCCAAGAAAUGGGACUUGAACCGAACUCUCAAAUCUAAAAGUUAGCUCAAAGAUGUACUCAACAUGAAGUAAUUCCAGAAUUGAGAUGGGUAUGGCUCAACUUCCAAUAUAAGGAGAUAAAUUUCACGUCUGAUAAUUGAUAUGUGACAUCAUAACAUAUACCGCCGGUCUUUUUCAACUUGUUCUCUUGUAUCUUUCUUCCCUUGACUAUUAAUGGAACUUCACCCUGAGGUUAAUUU